AACAUGGAACCAGGAAAUCAAACAAGUGUUUCAGAAUUUUUACUCCUGGGGUUUUCCCAAGACUCAGAGCAGCAACCCAUUUUAUUUGGAAUGUUCUUGCCCAUGUUUGUGGUCACUGUGCUCGGGAAUCUGCUCAUCAUCCUGGCCGUCAUCUCUGACUCCCACCUCCACACCCCCAUGUACUUCUUCCUCUCCAACCUGUCCUUUGCUGACAUCUGUUUCACUUCCACGACCAUCCCAAAGAUGCUGGUGAACAUCCAGACACAGAGAAAAUCCAUCACCUUUGCUGGCUGCAUCACCCAGAUGUAUUUUUUCAUGGUUUUUGGCGGUAUGGACACCUUUCUCCUCACUGUGAUGGCCUAUGACCGGCUUGUGGCCAUCUGCCACCCCCUGCACUACUCCAUCAUCAUGAACCCCCGCCUCUGUGGUCUGCUGGCUCUUGUGUCCUGGCUCAUCAGCUUGACGUACUCCCUGAUCCAGAGUCUGCUGAUGCUGCGGCUGUCCUUCUGCACCAACUGGGUAAUUCAACACUUUUACUGUGAACUUGCUCAGGCUCUCACACUUGCCUGCUCCGACACACUCAUCAAUUACAUCCUGCACUAUAUGGUGACUGGUUUUCUCGGCAUUGUCCCCUUCUCAGGAAUCCUUUUCUCUUAUACCCAAAUUGUCUCCUCAGUCCUGAGAAUCCCAUCAGCUAAUGGGAAAUGUAAGGCAUUUUCUACCUGUGCAUCUCACCUGUCUGUGGUUUCUUUGUUCUAUGGGACAGGACUUGGUGUGUAUCUCAGUUCUGAUUCAUCUUCCUGGAGAGGCAUGGUCGCCUCGGUAAUGUACACUGUGGUCACCCCAAUGCUGAACCCCUUCAUCUACAGCCUGCGGAACAGGGACAUUAAGAGGGCUCUACAAAAAGUUCUUGGGAGAACACUCUAUGUUCAGUGA